CGCACUCGGCCUGUGAUAGUGGCGGAUAAGACACUCUCACAAUGGUCUGUCAUUGGAUGGGUGACCAAAAUUAUCUUGAGCUCCUCCGUGCUUCGGAAAGCACGUAUUACCGUUGGUCCCGGUUGUAUUUGUAGUCGUUAAACCCGCCAAUCCGCAAUGGGCCCGCGUGGGUCAUGGCCCAAACUCCCAUAUCCAUCCAUAAGGAAGGCCAGUGUCCCAGCAGUGGGCACGUUUAUAUGGAUGUUGAUAAUUGAUGAUGAUGAGGCACUUUUUAAUUAAUUUAGUUGUACAUAUAACGUAUGAUAUGAUUUAUUAUAAGUAUCUCACGCGCUCCUUUUGGCGAAAAGAAACUAAGUAUGACUUUUUACUUCCUAUAUUUUGAUUUCUAUAUUUACAUAUUACUCUUACUUCCUCAUCACUCAUCACUAAAAAUUUAGUAAGGCUGAUAAAAUAUGGAUCAGAACUCUAGUUAUACUGAAAAACAUCCGCAAAGGUCUUUCUAUAGUUGCUAUACCACAUUGUAGUCGACUUUUUACCAAAUCUAAGUGUGUGCUUGAGCAUGAUUAUAAAUAUGUAAUAUUGCUACACAAAAAGCCAUGUUGAGGAUUUUGUUUAGAUAUUUUUGUUUUGGCAGAAUCUUUAUUGUUUUCACGUUUUUUUAUAUAGUCUCUAUCGGCGUACUUAGAAUGCGGAGAAAAAUAGACAAUUUUAAAUUUGAAUUAACAUCAUUUAUAGGAGUUGGACGGCAUUAGAGAUUACAAAAAUAUAUUAUUGAUUAUUUCUGUGUUUAUUUUAUUUUCAAGUUCAUCUGCCCCGAUUGUAUAUUACGCAGACCAGAAAUUCGUGAGACAGCAUUUACAGGAUAUUAAAAUUAUGAAAUGUGAAGUUAUAUAGAAUUAUAUAGUAAUUUAUAUAGAACUAGCAUCCUCCGAUAGCAACAUAACCCAUUAUGAAAUGUAUCCCUGCCAGAAGGUAUAGAAACUUACUUAGUUUAAAAAAGGAUUCUGGAUAGCGCGAGUGUACAAAAAGACUGUUAACUUCAAAAACCGACAGAAAAACGAAAAAUUUAAAUUUGAAAACGCGCGAUUCCAAAAUUUUGUUUAGCGUUGAUUGGCUGGAAAAGCUUCGCGGUUACGUACCAUUGGUCAAAGAUAAUGAUUGUGUGACUAACAAUUUGUGCGGGGGAGAUAAACCGCGAAACUCGACCGCAAAUGUUGACAGAAACUGUGGAGCCUUUAAAUUUAAACCAUAAUCAACCUUAUCACUAAGCAAUGAAGUGGGUUUUCGUUCAUUCUGCUCAGUCGUUUAUUACACAAAUGACAAGUGAGCAACGAAAAGAGAUGGAACAAACGUCUGUAAGCCUAUUAGUAGGUGUGGGAGAGGGACAGCUUUAGUGAAAGGAUUAUAUUCAUGGAUUUUUUAAAAUAAUAUGUAGCUUUAUCUGCUACUACCAAUAGCAGAUAGCUAUUAAUCAGUUGAGAAUAAAUAAAUAAAUAUCUAUAUAAAAUAAAAGCAAAUUAUUUUUUUUUAAUUUAAAACCUACUUAAAGACGUGUAAAAUAAAAUAGUUAACUAAAAAGAUACUAAAUUACUUUAAACUUCAAUUACCUACUUACUUUCUAUUGUUUUUUUUGAACAUCUACUUAUCUUACAUACCUAAUAUGUAAGUACCUACCUACCUAACCUCCUCGUAAAGUAUACGAUAUCUUAAGAACCAGUUCAAAUUUAAUUAUGCCAUGAGUUUAGCAACUGUCAUAACUGUCGGUUCUAAAGAUAAAGAUAUAGACAUAAAUUAAACACAUCAUUACCAUAACCAACCCCUUAUUUUGUGAAAUAAUUUUAUUAUAAUAGAUAAUUUUAAACUGUCCAAGUCUACCCCACCACUGGGGGGUUAAAUGAGAAAUGGGCGGUGCGCGAUUAAGGCUGAGCACAAAGGAAAGAUAGGCAUCUCUGUUACUCAAAUGAGCAGUCCUGUGUGCAGUAAGCUGUUUACAAUGGGCGCUGGCAGAGGGCGAUGUAGUUGUCCCUUUCUGGCGGAGACGAUCGGAGCUGUGCCGUUAUAGUUAUAGGGCUAUACACAUUGAACACCGUUGCACGUGAGAUUGUGUUUUGUAAUCAGUGAAGUGGCGCCUUUAUUCAGAAGCAGAGGCGCGAUGUCCGCGCGUUUGACAGUUUGACGUUUCGUUUGGCGGGAACUAGUUUUUGCGUGUUUUCAGCUCGCGUCGUGCAAAUAAAUCUCUUUUGUACAGCCAAAAGUUUUGUGAACAAUCAGUUUAGGGAAAUAAGUUUUUAGUGAUGUCUUUAGCAGCCAGUUGAAGACUGUUGUAGUUAUUGCCGAGGCAAUAACUUGGAUUUAACCUUAGAAGUAAUUUAAGGUCGGCACCAUAGAAGAGUACGGGGUGUACACGAUGAUGCCGGCCCAACAGCUGGCGCCGAUCAGCCCCUGGCCACCGGACGGCAACCUCCUCGACCGCAUGGACGACCUCGCCCACAAAGGUAAAGGUCACAGCGGUGUUAACCAGCUCGGCGGCGUAUUUGUAGGAGGGCGGCCUCUGCCGGACUCGACGCGGCAGAAGAUCGUGGAGUUGGCGCACUCCGGCGCGCGACCUUGCGACAUCAGCCGCAUCCUGCAGGUCUCCAACGGCUGCGUGUCCAAGAUCCUCGGCAGGUACUAUGAGACGGGGUCGAUCAGGCCCCGCGCGAUUGGCGGCUCGAAACCGCGCGUGGCGACCGCGGAGGUGGUCAGCAAGAUCGCGCAAUACAAGAGGGAGUGCCCGUCUAUUUUCGCCUGGGAAAUACGGGAUCGUCUGCUCAGUGAGGGCGUCUGCACCUCUGAUAAUAUUCCUAGCGUGUCAUCUAUCAACCGAGUGCUGAGGAACCUGGCAGCGCAGAAGGAGAAAUCUAGCAGUCAGCAGCCGACUACCGACUGCGCCACCCCCGUCUAUGAGAGGCUUCGAUUACUGGGGACUCCAGGCUCGGCACCGACGUGGCCGCGCGCGCCCUGGCCGUCGCAGCUGGACACUCGCACGCCGCCCUACCAGCUCCACAGCCUCAGUCCCGGCCCGCAGCCUAUCGCCUGCAAUGGGGACAUGACUAUGAAGAAAGGAGAAGAAGCCCUGGAGGGUCUGGAAGGGCUGCACUCAGACGAGACCGGGUCGGGCGACAACUCGAACGCGGGCUCGAGCGGCGCGGACGACGAUGCCGCUCGGCUGCGGCUCAAGCGCAAGCUACAGCGCAACCGCACCAGCUUCACCAACGACCAGAUCGACUCCUUAGAGAGAGAGUUCGAGCGCACGCACUACCCUGACGUGUUCGCGCGCGAGCGCCUGGCCGCCAAGAUAGGGCUGCCCGAGGCUAGGAUACAGGUGUGGUUCUCGAAUCGGCGCGCGAAGUGGCGGCGCGAGGAGAAGAUCCGCUCGCAGCGGCGCAGCCCCGAGUGUGCGUAUGCGCCGCCCGCGCCGCCCGCCGCGCCGCCGCACGCGCCGCCGCACCCGCACGCAGCGCACCCGCACAACCCCCACCAGCCGUACCAGCCGCCGCUCAAUGUUGAUACUUACAGUCCGCUGACGCCGAUGGGCUACGGCGGCGGCAUGGGGGAGCCGUCGUGCGAGCCCGCGGAGCCCGAGCUCUGCAAGGGCGGGUUCCUGUACCCGCGCUACGAGCUGUACCGCCAGCCGCACCCCUACAACCCGCACGCCUACCAGCCGGAGCAUUCCUCGCCUCCCCCAGAGCUGGGUUUGCUAGGCACAGGAGUGUCGGUACCGCUGGCCGUGCCGGGACAGGACUCGCAGCAGUACUGGUCGCGGCUGCAGUGACCCUGGUGGAAUUAGCUUCUUUAACUGCUCUGCAUGUUCUUCGUCUAAGUCGGAAACUUUAUCCGCCAGUCAGACGUGAGCAAUUCUCUCCACUAAAUUCGUAAUUUGAACCAGCCAAUCCGGAAUGAGAACUUAUCAUCGCUCUUCGUCCAAUUGUUGCUAAUUUGAAAUGCCAGGAGCUUGGUGAACUUCGAAUUAUUGGCAAAACUCUCUUAUUUGAUAGAUUCAAAUUCAGCUUGUUUGUUUUUGACAACCAAAUAUAUAACGCUACUUUUUCUUCAUAAAUAACCUAUCUGUCCACGUAAACGAUUAUUUGAACAAAAUCUUAAUUGGAAUCUCAUAAAAUAUAUAUUUCUAAUUUAUAUUUAUAGCCAUAUUUAGUAUGACAAAUCCGCGAAAUUGCGCUAUAUAGGUACUUCAAACUGAACAUAACUAAAUACAUCAGAACAUCAGAAACAAUUUUAUUAUUUCACAGAUGUAGGUAGGUACGCAACCUUUUUUCAUGGCUACAUUUUGAGAACUAUCAAGUACCCCUACCUUCUUUCCAUAGUUCAACUAGGUAUAUUAAUUUGAACCAUGGAAUUAGUAGCUAAUUUAGGUCCGUCGAAGUACUUUAAAUCCAUGAUUUGAACAUUGCAGACUAUAAAAUACACGUAUAGUAUAAAGAAUUAACAUAUCCAUUAGCUGCCACAAACCGAAGUAAGAGCACAAAAUAUAGGCUCAAAUUGUAUUUAUGUAAAUUAGACUAUUUCAUUCAGAUGUUAGCAGUAAGAUGUUUUUAAUAAGAUCAAUAUUAAGCGAUGCACAUGAAAUGUGUCUUUUGUAUUUGAAUGAAAUAAUUUAAUACUUUUCGUGUAUAUGUGUCAAUUUUAUUUAGUGCCACUCUGCCAUAAAAUCUAUUAUUUACGCUAGAAUAUUCAUACUAUGUGACCCCAAUAAAAAGCCACAUAUAUUACGGCGGAAACAGACAUGCAAGUAACUUGCACACUUACAUACCACCCACCAAAAAGUGGAUAGACUAACUUGCAUGUCUGUAAACUUGCAUACAAGCUAGGUAUUCGAUUUCUGGAAUGCAAACAGCAGCCAAUUAAACAGGGUAACUCUUUCAAAUGUAUCCUGUACCAGUUAUUUGCAUGCCUGUUAAUAGCAAAGUAUGUAGCUUGUGUUUCCGCCUGUAUGCAACCAUAAAAUAUCGAAAAGACAGCGAUGAAGUUUGUUACGCCGCUUCUUCUUCACCUGCGUUUGGAAGUCGGAAGUAGACUUAAGUAAAUUUUGACGCCAAUAAGUGAUAUAUCAUCGUUAAAAAAAAAUUUUGGAUUUGAACCUGUACAGAUUUAUUAUCUUGUGGCCUUCUGCUAUUAAUUAUAAUUAUUGUCAAAAAAUGAUUCUAUAGACUUCGGUAGAAGAUUAUUUGAUUGGCCUGAAUACAAUAAGAAA